GACUUGUUCUUGGUGCUAGAUCUGGAAGCCACCUGUACAAAGUGUCGCAGCCUCUACCCCAUCGAGAUUAUCGAGGUCAGCGCGCUGCUCCUGGACGCGCACAGUCUGGCCACACUGGGGGAGUUUCAGUCGCACGUAAGGCCCACGGAGCACCCCCUGCUGGAUCCCUUCUGUGUGGAGCUGACGGGCAUCGAGCAGGAGCAGGUGGAUACGGCACCUCUGCUGGGGGAUGUGCUGCUCAGGUUCCAGCAGUGGCUGGAGGGGCUGGGGGCUUUUGGGGGGGCCAAGUCGCUACUGCCCGUCACGUGGACAGACUGGGACCUUAAGAUAUGUCUGGAGACGGAGUGCGGGUGGCGCCAGCUGCCGCGACCGCCGUACCUGCGCCGCUGGUGCAACCUGAAGCGAGUGUACGGCGCCCGCUACCGCCGCGCCAGUAGUCUGCAAAAGUGCGUCGAGGCGCUGGGCCUUCGCUGGCAGGGCCGGGCUCAUAACGGUUUGGACGACUCGCGCAACACGGCGAUGUUGGCAGUCAGGAUGGUGCGAGAUGGCUGCGUGCUGACAGUCACGGACUCGUUCAAGGACACGGUGCCAAGCACGGACCAG